AUGGCCGCAAUUAUUGUGUCUGAUCGGCCGACUCGGCUUUGCCUCAACUGUACCGAGGCACUAUGGGGGGCAGUUUCACAUGAUACAAAUUCACAAUCCGGACUUAGCCCCUCAGGCGUGCGUGUUCGAGAAGCAUGCACUUUCGUCGUGACGGAGAUGUUCAAGACAGCAAGCUCGAGAAAGCGCAGAGUGGAACUGCUUCUACGCAUUCAGCAGAGAAGCGGCAAAAGUGGUGAUGCAUAA